GCAGCCGGCUUCCUACAGUCAGCUGUAGACUACUGAAUAUAACCGAGCUAUACUCAAACACACCUGUUAAAAUGGGGUUGUUUGGGGGUAUUUUUGUUUGGACAAGUGAACUUAAUAUUUCAGAAGAGUGUUUAUAAUGAGAAACUUUGUCUAAACUUGACUUUUGAGACGUUGUGACCGGUGUUUAGCUGAAGUUGGCGCGCGGCAUCUCUCGUGACGAGACUUGUUGCGCUCGAGCCAGGUAAAGAACGACUACUGUUUUGUCGACCAGAAUGCGCAAAACAGCGCCAAAUUGUUUCCCGAAGACUAUUCUGUGUAUCUAUUCGGCUUUGCGAGUCGAAUGUAGGCGAAAUAAUCGCAACUAGUAGCGCGUUUAUUCUCGUACAGGCGCCUCUUCUAAAAAAAAGUCCAUGUUGGUCGAGGAUCCAAACCUGAACCCCUGCACUACAUUACUCCGCGUCACUCUUCUUUAAGUUUGUUGCUGGACUAUAAACAGAGGUGUGAUGUCGGAGAGAGAGUGUGAUGGAGAGGAAGGCUCGGAUUCGAUCCCGCCGGCUGCUCUUGCGGCUGCAUGGCGGGGAGCGAGGCGCAGUGGAGCGGUGCUGCUGGCGGACAGAGACUCCGACUCUCCGCUCCUGGAGAGCGUAAAAGCUGCAGCAGCUCCGCGCAGGAGCAGCAUCAUCAAGGAUCCAUCUGUAUCCAAGGUCAGCGGUGGGCGUAAGAAAACGGUCUCGUUCAGCAGCAUGCCUUCAGAGAAGAAAGUGAGCAGUGCAGCCGAUUGUUUGGCCUUCAUGCAAGGGGGCUGUGAACUAAAAAAGGUGCGUCCCAACUCUCGGAUUUACUGCCGCUUCUAUACACUGGACACAGAGCAGGGCUGUCUGCGUUGGGAGCCUUCCAAGAAAGACACAGAGCGUGCCAGACUGGACAUCGCCACAAUUCGGGAGGUACGGACAGGAAAGAGCACCGAAACUUUCAUUCACAAUGGCCCAUCAGAACAUCUGGCUGAGGAAGCUGCUUUCUCCAUCAUCCACGGGGAUGACUACCAGUCACUAGACCUGGUAGCAUUGACACCUGAUGUUGCCAACAUCUGGGUCACAGGUUUGCGGUACUUGGUGUCCCAUCCUGGUGCUCUGGUUGGAGGAGGUGGCGUAGAUGGAUGGGCGGGAGAAGGGAGUGUGGGAAGCAGGUUGAGAAGGGAGUGGCUGGCGGCAGAGUUUGCUCUGGGAGAUGAACAUGGACAUGGGAUUGUUACUGAGGACGUCGCUGUGGCCACCAUUUGUAGACUCUGUCCUGGCAUUAAGGAAACAAAGGUGCGUCUACGCUUUAAAGAGAUCCAGCGGAGCAAAGAGAAGCUGACAUCUCACGUUACACUAGAAGAAUUUCAGGAGGCUUACUGUGAACUGUGCACCCGACCUGACGUCUACUUUCUCCUAGUGCAGCUAUCAAAAGACCGGGAAUGCCUAGAUGUUCAGGACUUGCGUCUCUUUUUGGAGACUGAGCAGGGGCUGCAACUGGCUACUACCGAAGGAUGCCUAGAGCUCCUGCAGCGCUUUGAGCCCUCUGCAGCUUGCCGAGAGAAAGGCAUGCUGGGUCUGGACGGCUUUACAAAUUACCUCCAGUCAACUGAGUGUCAACUAUUUGACCCUGAGCACCAGCAUGUGUGCCAGGACAUGAGCCUGCUCCUGUGCCACUAUUACAUUAGUGCAUCCUACCGCUCCUACCUGCUGGAAGAUCAGGUACAUGGCAAGGCUGAUCUCCUAGGGCUGACACGAGCCUUGCAAGCAGGGUGUCGGUGUUUGGAGCUCGGCGUGACUGAUGGACCUGAUGGGGAACCAGUUUUAGGGGUUGACCAAGGACAAGACAGCAAACACCACCAUCACCAACAUCAUCACCACCAUCAUAGUCCAGUCACAUUGCUCAGUGCUCUGGAGGUAAUUAACAAAUAUGCCUUCCUCACCUCUCAGUAUCCGCUCCUGCUUUACUUGUGUCACAGAUGUUCCCUGAGUCAGCAGCACACCCUAGCACAGCACUUAAAGAAGGUGUUUGGGACAAAACUGUACAGGCCUGAAACCAAAACUGUCGGGCGAUUCGCCUCCUUGCCCUCUCCUGAGCAGCUGAAGGAAAAAGUCUUGCUGGUGGGCAAAAAGCUGCCACCAGAGGAGGAGGGCUCUGAGGGAGAGGUGUCCGAGGAGGAUGAGGAGAUUGGUGGUGGAGGUCCAUUAGCUGGUCGUAGGAUGACCAUUCCUGGGGAGGAGGAGCUGGGGGUGGUCCUUGUCGUUCCACCUCCCCCUCAACGAAGACAGUUAUGCUUGUGCCGUGAACUUUCUGAUCUGGUUGCUGUAGCUAGGACUGGCAGCUGUAGCUUUUAUUCUUACCGGGCCAAAAUCCAGCAAUCCCAACAGCAAUCUCCUCCCUCUACCCCCUCAACACCAAACUCCCCAGGACUUGCAGUCAACAACUGCUGGACCCUGUGUUCCUUAGGAGAGGGUGAGGCAGGCCGUCUGGCUAGUGAGAGCCCUGAGGAAUUAGUCAGCUUUACCAAACGCUAUCUGACCCGGGUUCGACCCAGCUCAGUCCGACUGGACUCCAGCAACCCCAACCCACAAGGCUACUGGAAAGGAGGUGUGCAAUCAGUGGCGCUAAACCAGCAGACACCAGGUGCCAUGAUGGAUCUUAGCCGGGGCCGUUUCGCACAAAACGGAGGCUGUGGAUAUGUGCUAAAGCCAGCCGUCAUGCGCGAUGAGGUCUCUUACUUUAGUGCCCAGUUGCAGGGAUGCAUGCCAGGCAUGCCAUCACAGACUCUGAGAGUGAAGGUCAUUAGUGCCCACAGCCUGCCCAAACCACAGGGCUCUGGGGCUAAGGGUGAAGUCAUUGACCCAUAUGUGGUGCUGGAACUGCACGGUGUGCCAGCUGACUGUGCUGAGCAGAGAACCCGCACUGCCGCCCAGAACCAGGAUGACCCGCUGUUUGAUGAGACCUUCGAGUUUCAGGUGAACAUGCCAGAACUGGCUCUGCUGCGGUUUGUAGUUUUAGAUGACGACUACAUUGGUGAUGACUUUAUUGGUCAGUACACCAUUUCAUUUGAAUGCCUUCAGCCAGGCUACCGGAACGUUCCACUGCUAAACCUGGCUGGAGAGCCUCUACCCCACGCCAGCCUGUUUGUACAUGUGGCCAUCACAAAUCGUCGAGGGGGAGGCAAGGCUCACAAACGGGGACUGUCUGUGAAGAAAGGAGCCCGGCGAGGGCGAGAGUAUGUCACCCUCCGAAACACAGCCAUUAAAGUGCUGGAUGAUACUUUCCGACUUGCUAGCAUUCCACUCAGAGAGGCCACCGACCUGCGAGAGAAUGCACUGAGUGCAACAGUGACUUUUAAAGAGCAGUGUGGGCUCCCUCCAGUGUCCACAAUAAAGCAGUGCAUGCAGAGUUUGGCCACAAGACUACAGGGGCCAGACGGGGCCCCAGUGGCCAGCCUUCUUCUUAAGAAUGGUUAUCCGUGCCUAGAGCCACUAGGAAACCUGAACGACACCACACGGAAGCUGCUUAAUGCCUACGACAUGAUGAUCUCAGCCAACAGACAGCUGAUAGAGAAUGCAGAUGGUGCACAGGAGAGGAUUGCUCUGGUGCAGAAAGAAGGCAUGACGUUUCAUGAGGAUCUUCCCAAGCUGGCAGAAAAGGAGAACCUUAAGGGGCGGAAGCAGAGCAAAUCUGUGGAGAGCUUUAUCUGGAACAUCACUGUGCUGAAGGGUCAGUGUGAUCUCCUGCGCACUGCUAAAACCGAUGCUUUGGAUGCACUGAGACAGCUGGUGCUGGCUUGUGAAGCCUGUGGCCUGACCUUAACUUCUGACCUUCAGUACACACCACACAACCUGACCUCCAGGCGGGGCAGCAGCCAUGGCAAUGGCCGCAUCUGAGUUCACGCAGCCACACCUGGGUCUUCGACAUAAUAAUGAGAAGGAAUAUGAUGAAUAUGCUGAAUACAGAUGGAUGCAUGGAAAGAAACAAGAGCCACUUCUGUGAGGUGAGAGAGAGAAGCGCCUCUCGUAGAGUGUGGCCAGCUGUAGUGAUUAAACAUUAGGGAUGCAAAUGCAUAAGAGUGAUGUAAGACUGAUGUGAUAUUAAAAGCACAUUAGGUGAAGAUUCCUCAAAGAUAUCUUUGUCCGGGCAGCUGUCCAAAAACGAUUUGACUUUAAAUGAUCUUAGUUUAUCAGAGUUUAACCAAACUAUGUGUAACAUUCCUGCUUUAGAAUAGAAAGGAAACGUUACUGGUUAA